CUAUGGCUGCGUGGCGUGUCCUGCAGUCCUUAUAAAGCAGGCGAGCACACCUUCCCACCCAGUCUCAGCACGCUGAGAAGCCGGUCGGCCAUGAGGAUCUAUUACCUUCUUCUCCUGUUGCCCUUUCUGUUUUUGAUGCCUGUUCCAGGAAACGGAGGAAUUAUAAAUACCUUGCAGAGGUAUUAUUGCCGAAUAAGGAGUGGGCGGUGUGCUGUGCUUAGCUGUCUGCCAAAGGAGGAGCAGAUAGGCCGUUGUUCUUCCUCGGGGCGAAAAUGCUGCCGAAGAAAGAAAUAAAAUCUGGAAAUGCUGAUUGGGAACAUUGUUAAGUGUGAAAAUGCCUCCUGGA